GGGCCAGUUCAUCCCCAUAUCUUGAUCGGUUCAGAUCGGUAGGAAUAAUAUAAAUUAAAAAAUAUGAGAUCCUGCUACUUGGCACUCGGUCUGCUGUUCAUCGUCGCCGCCUCCGUUGAGGCCCGCGGCGGUAGGGGGCGUGGCGGGGGCUCGUUCGGUGGUCUAUUCGGGGGGUGGCGCAAGUACAAGAAGCCCUCGUCAUCGGGCGGAGGUAGGCGGGUGAUAAGUGGAUCCCCGGUACACACGGCCAUGACGGUGCCGAAGCCGCCCCUCCCGCCUCCACCGCCAAAGCCCAUGAUGACGCCUCCCAAGCAGCAGAUUCCAAGCUAUCCACGUCAACAGAUGCCAGCUGGAUACGGAUAUGGCUCCUACCCGACGCAGGGAGGCGGUACCUUCUAUUCCAACGCCCAGGCCCUCCCUCCGGGAGCGGUAUACUACGCCCAACCACCCAUGGGAAUGAAUCGCGGAUCAGGCACUGGAGACUUUCUGACUGGAAUGCUGGCGGGUCACAUGAUGAACAACCUCCUGUUUGGCCAUAGACACCAUGUGAGCCAUGUGUACCACCGAAAUGGAGAGGGAGACCCAUCCGGUCAGGGCACUGGUCGGCAAAUCAUCAUCGUCAACAACGGCCAGUCAGAGGGUGUGGCCCAAAAUGAAACCUCAAUUUCCCAGGAAGUCUCGGCGGUAGCUUCUCCCAAAAAUCCUUUAACAGACGAGGAUGAGGAGGGCGAGGAGGCGGCAGAGGACACAGGAGCAGAGGCAGAGGCGGCUGAAAGUGAAGGAGAGAGUUCACCUAUUUCCAGUGAGGAAUCCCCAGAAUCUGGCACAACUCCACCUCCGUCUCUGCCAAGUGGUGGAAUCAUUUGCUUCCCCGUCAAGCUAAAUGAAACAGAUCCCGAGAUCCCGGACAAAGAAGUAGAACAAAUGGUUUGCUUCCCAGCACCAGCAAGAAAUCCCGAGAAUUUUCCACCCACCACAACCGCUGAGCCACCCAUUGUUGCUGGCGAUAUUGGCGAUGGUGCUGAGGGGACUGGGACCGAGGGGGCUGGCGAUGGGGGUAGCGAGGAUGGCAGGGACGCACCUGCAGAUGCCCUUAUCGAAGUGGCGAGUUAUGUGGCAGGUAGAGCUGCGGAAGUUCAGGCUCUUACCGCUUGAGUAUUCAUAAGUUUUCUCAUAAGUUUCUGUUUCAAAAUAAAAAUUAAUUAACCUAA